GAUUAGCAGCGUUUGCAGGAUGGAUUAACGUUUUUACCGGGAACAGGGCUGGGAUUUUCUAACUGUCUCUGCUGGUCUCCUUGCAAGAGACCCGAUCCCACCUGGACGUCCUCCGUUCCGGUUCCGCAUUCCCGCUGUGCGCACUGCAGGUGCGGAGGACACAGGUCUAUGAUCUCAGCAGAAAACCGGUUCCUCCGGCUCGUCUGCCUCGUCGCGGUUGACGUAUGUUUCCAGGCAGGAGAGGAGCGAGCAGGAGGCUGGUACUACUGCUGUCCGAGUCCACGACCCGUUCCCGGAGGAUUACCGAAGCCCGCAGCGCGUUCUACUGACGCGUCCUUCAUGUCCCGGGAUGGAGAGCUGCUGCCGCCGCUGUAUGCCGUGUUUAAACCGGCUGUGGAACUGGAUCUGGCCCGACAUUCGCUACCCCAGCCACAACCACGUCAUCGCCAACCCCGCGGCGGUGCAGGCGGCGGAGAUCCAGACCGUGUCGACCGUCAUCCGCGUCCCGUCGCCCAAGAAGCGUCCGGUGCAGCUUUACGCGGCGAUCUACGACUUCGUGGCCCGCAGCGACAGCGAGCUGACGGUGAAGGAGGGCGACAAACUGUCGGUGAUCGAGAGGCGGGGGGACUACGUGCUGGCCAAGAAGCUCACCGGGUCCCUGGAGUCCGGUUUGAUCCCGGCCAACUACGUGGCUCUGCUGCAGGACGAGUUCGCCAAACACAAGUGGUAUUAUGGCAACAUAAACCGUAUGAAAGCUGAGAAGCUGCUGCUCGCCUCCCAAAACAAAGAUGGCUCCUUCUUGGUUCGCAUCAGUGAGAGUCACAGUGACGAGUACACCAUCUCUGUCCGGAGCGAGGGGAAGGUGUACCACUACCGAAUCCAGCGCUCCAUCAUUGGCGCAUACUUUGUGUCAGAUAAGAUCUCCUUUGCCACGUUGGGAGAGCUGAUCUCCUACUACCAGAAAAACUCUCACAACCUGGGCGUCCUGCUGGGGGAGCCGUGUGCACAGCAGCGGGAACUCUUCGACAUGGAGCCGUGGGAAAGACCUCGAGAGGAGUUCAAACUCAUCAAGAAACUGGGUGAGGGCCACUUUGGGCAAGUGUGGGAGGCCGAGUGGACCACGGAGAACAGGAGAGUGGCCAUAAAGAUGCUGAAACAAGAGGACACCAAGCAGGACGAGUUUGUGAAGGAGGUGCAUGCGCUGAAGAGCCUCCAUCACCCGAAGCUGAUCCAGCUGCUGGCAAUGUGCUCCAGAGGAGAACCAGUCUACAUCGUCACCGAGCUCAUGACCAAAGGAAGCCUCAAGUCCUACCUCGCCUCUGCUGAGGGUCAGGUGCUGACGUCGGCUCACCUCAUCUACAUGGGCAGUCAGGUCGCAGAGGGGAUGGCUUACCUGGAGGACAGGAACAUCGUGCACAGAGACCUGGCUGCCCGGAACAUCCUGGUGGGAGACGAUCUGGUCUGCAAGGUGGCGGACUUUGGACUGGCUCGGAUUAUAAAGGACAGCGUGUACAAGGCGAGCCGUACCACAAAGAUCCCCGUGCGGUGGACAGCGCCUGAAGCAGCCCUUCACCAGCAGUUCUCUGUCAAAUCGGACAUCUGGUCGUUCGGGGUGCUGCUCUAUGAAAUUAUGUCACGCGGCAAGAUGCCGUAUGAAGGAAAAAGCAAUAAGGAGGUGUUGGAUCUGCUGGCGUCAGGGUUCCGGCUGCCGUGCCCCACCCGCUGUCCUCAGAACAUUUACCGCAUCAUGAUUGAUUGCUGGGCCCCUGAGCCCUCCAAGAGGCCGUCCUUCCAUGCACUGCACAGCCAGCUGGACUCCAUAUAUGCCAAGAUAUACUUCAAGACCAUUGAGGUGUAGAACAACAGUGGCAAGGACAAUAUGGCCUCCAAACAGAGAUCAAAAAUCUACAGCUGAGCAGAACGAGGAGUCCACAGAGGGAGAAACACCAGCUCAGGAGACACAAUGCGGGGUGGACAGAAAAUUCCUCCUGAAUGCACUCUACAUCGACAACAGGGUAUUUAAACUAUAACACCACUGAGGUGUUAAAACAGAACUUAAAACAGAGAGAGAGCACUCUUCGAGGCGAUGGAGGAACUGUGAGCCAAACCUGAGAAAGAAUAAGGCUGGAAGGGAUGAGAAGGAGUAAGGCUGGAAGGGAUGAGAAGGAAUAAGGUUGGACGGGAUAAGAAGGAGUAGGCUGGACGGGAUGAGAAGGAAUAAGGCUGGACGGGAUGAGAAGGAAGAAAGUUGGACGGGAUGAAAAUGAAUAAGGCUGGACAGGAUGAGAAGGAAUUCAACUGGACGGGGUGAGAAGGAAUAAGUCUGCAUGGGAUGAGAAGGAAUAACCUGGACGGGAUGAGAAGGAAUUAGACUGGACGGGAUGAGAAGGAACAAGGCUUGAUGGGAUGAUUGCUGCCCUUCAGCAAAAAUAAAGAGCGAACAAAUGCACCGUGAGGACUGAAAGUAGGAAAUGUUGGUGUGAAACUAAAACCCUCAGCACGUUAACAGCACCAACAGUUUUUAACUUUAUACCCUUUUGUGGGUUUUUUGAAAAAUGGUUUAUUAUUUCUGCUUGUGCCACAUGUGCAUGGACUCUCUAUGACAUCACAGGUCAGGGUAUAAAAGACUCGAACACCAUCUGACCACAGAGUCAGCGCUAAAAUCGAGCUUAUGUGCAAUAACUUGGCACUUGUUGGGCUUUUAACCGCAGCGUCAUGGUGGGUCACUGUGGACUGUGGGUAUUUUGGGGGGCAGGGACUCAAUAAACGAAGCACGGGUUGUCGUUUUGGCACAACUCCUGGUUAUGCAGCAUCUGCUGGUACACAUACACCAGCUAUGAAGCUAAUGGUUCCACUUCUGUUUACAAGCCGUCCCACAAUCAACAAAUUUUUUGGUACUGAUCAGAAUUACUGAUAAUUAAAAAUAUAUUUCA